CACCCCUCUCCCCGUCGGCUCGCACUGUCGCACCCGUGCACCACCACCACCCCACCAUCACCAAAGGGGAACGAGCGCCGCCGAGCACGCACGCACGCCCGCCUCCCCCCACCGGAGCACGCGCGCCGCCCCGAAUUCGCCUCUCGCAUCCGUCGGGCGGUCUCCUCCCCGUGCCCCUCCACUUAGCUGGAAUGGCGUCGAGCGGUGACGCAGCCGGAGUUGUCGUGCCGAGGAACUUUAGACUGCUGGAAGAGCUUGAGAGAGGAGAGAAGGGCAUUGGGGAUGGAACAGUUAGCUAUGGAAUGGAUGACGCAGAUGAUAUCUACAUGCGCUCCUGGACAGGAACAAUAAUUGGUCCCCACAACACUGUCCAUGAGGGCCGGAUUUAUCAGCUGAAGCUUUUCUGUGACAAGGACUAUCCCGACAGGCCACCGACUGUUAGGUUUCACUCAAGAAUCAACAUGACCUGUGUAAAUGCCGAGACUGGAUUGGUGGACCAAAGGAAGUUUAGCCUGCUGUCCAACUGGCGCCGUGAGUACACAAUGGAGAACAUCUUGAUACAGCUUAAGAAAGAGAUGGCGACAUCACACAACCGGAAACUAGUGCAGCCUCCGGAGGGGACGGUCUACUGAACGAGCGCUCAUCGCGUCGAACGUGUCAUUCCCAAGGACCCUCGCGGUUCUCAUUUUAGAUAUCGCAUAAGAUCGCAACAUUUGGUGCAAACGAUUAUGUAUAACUUUGACGGUGUCCUUCACAUGGUUUUGUGUGUCUUGUCUUGUUAUAUCUCCUGGGUAAGCCUGUGUUGUAAUGAUACGCUGGAGCUUCAGCUAUGUUUUUAAAAGUACCAUUACGUUGCUUC